AUCACAUAUCACAUAUCACAUAUCCACAUACCCACACGACCAGCACCAUCGCCGCUCGUGUGUGCGUCUCGAUCAUGUUCAACCCCUUGCUCAACCUCCAUUUGAUUCCCUUGGCCCAUUUCGGCAUCUCCCGUUUCCUCGCGCAGGUGCUCUUCGUCCUGAUCGAGGCUCUCUUCUCUGCAAUCCGUUCCAGUCUUCACGCUGUUGACACUCUCCCCACCAUCGUUCAUAUUGUGUCUCUCUCAGUUUUGUCGAUUAUCCAUCGAACCCACACUUCAAUCGACUCAUGCCGCAAAUCCAUCGUCAUGGUUUGACAAC